GAAACGGUGUUGGUGUGCGGCGGACUGCGGACAGUCGUCGUCAGUGAUAGUGGUGUGUGCCUUACUUAAAUUAUGAAUGAAUCCAAGUGAAACGUAGUAUUGUAGUAAAUUGAGUUUGUCGUGGGGGCACCGUGUCCGUGUCUGGUGUGUACGUAUAGGUCUAUAGUGUUUUUUUUCCUCCGUUUACCCUUUCCCGCCCAAUCAACGACGUGUAACUGUCAGAAAAAGCGGCGGCGGCGGCUCAUUCAACCAACUGUCGCAUCAUGUCGUCCCUAUCGUUGCCGAGGGUGUUGCAAAACCGGAAGACCAGUCUGGACCAGGUACGCGAGCACUUUGAAAAGAUUCAGGCUGCAAGCAUUAGUAAAGCAAUUAAUACAUUGGAAAAUCCAGUAAAAGAAAAACAUGCUAGAAAUGCUAUUAUAGGUACAUUUCAAGAGAAAAGUGCAGAGACUUUUUGGCGUUGUGUCACUAAAUUACCAUUACAAGAACACCGUAUUGUGGCCUGGAAAUUUUGCCAUGUGUUGCACAAAGUUUUGCGGGAAGGCCAUCCAAAUGUUUUGGCAUCAUCACAAAGACACAAAACACUUUUACAUGACUUAGGAAAGUUAUGGGUACAUUUAAAAGAUGGUUAUGGAAAACUCAUUCAACAGUAUUGUCAAUUAUUACUUACGAAAUUAGAUUUUCAUAGACGUAACCCUGGAUUCCCUGGCAAUCUAGUUUUAUCCGAAGAAGAUCUGUGUAGAAUAGGAGACAAUGAUGUUAAUAAUUAUUUUCAAAUGUGUGUGGAAAUGUUUGAUUAUAUUGAUGAAAUUUUAGGACUUCAGUCUGCAAUUUUUGGUUCAUUGGAUAUGUCUCGCUCAAAUUCAAUGACUAGCCACGGUCAGUGUCGAUUGGCUCCUUUAUUACCUUGCAUAUUAGAUUCUACACAGUUGUAUGAUUUGUGUGUGAAAAUCCUGUUUAAAAUGCAUGCUACUCUACCACCGGAUCUAUUAUCUGGACAUAGAAAACGUUUCCUAAGACAAUUUACCAUACUACGUCAAUUUUAUUUGGGGUCAUCUAAUCUCCAGUAUUUUAAAACACUUAUACAGAUACCUCUUUUACCCGAGAAUCCUCCAAAUUUUUUGGUACAAGCGGAACUAUCAACCUAUGUUACUCAAGCUGCCAUUGUAUUGCCAGAUGAAGAUCCAUCAGAGAGUAGUAGUAUGAUUGGUGAACUCGUUGAUCUAGGAAUUGGGAAUAGCGUCACUAGCAGUGAAACGAGUCAAAGGUCUUUAUCUCCUGAUCUUUUAACCCAAAGAGACAACAUGAUUCAGCAUUUACAUGGAGAAUUGAACGCUCAUCAGUCAUUAAUAAUUCAAUUAAAACAACAAGUUUCUACAUUAGAAAUGGAAUUGGCAAAAAAAGAUAGUGAAUUAACACAAGAAAGGCUUAUCAGAGAUGAUUUAAUGCAUCAAGUAAAUUCUAUGGACAAUUUUGAUGAAUUGGAUAAAAAAUAUAAAUUGCUUGAAGAAAAGUUCAACAAAUUGAAAGAAGUGUAUACUAAAUUGAGAGAAGAACACAUUACAUUGUUAAGACAGAAAGCUGUCGUCGAUAAGUCACUGAAAGGAUCAGAAAAAAUGACUAGAUUUGCUCAGGCAGCCAAUUCCUUGUUACUGUCCAUUAAAUCUGACGUGGACAAGCAGUUGUUAAACAUGCGUACUGUUGAAUUUAAUAUGGGACCUCAAAGAAUAAAGUUUGAAGAGGAAUUAAUAGCACUCCAAACUACUGUCGAUUCAACUACUCGCCAAAAUGAUGAACUUCUGAUGGCAACUGAACUAUUGAAGACUGAAGUUAGUGAUGCCAAGCAAAAAUUGACUGAUGCCUUACUUAUAAAAUCUGAUUUAGAAUUAAGACUUUCAGAAUCCGAGGAAUUACGAUUUUCGACCAAUGCUCUUUGGUUUGAAUGCUGUCGUAAAAUAAUUGAACAUACAUGUGAAAUGAUAGAUGAUCCGUCUAUGUCUUCAGCUACUUGUUCCCCUGAAUGCGUAUCUUUAAUCAAAGAAAAACUUGUCGGUACUAUUGGAAAAGGAAAAGACGAGGUUGCAGGGUUUGCCCAUUAUGUUGCCAUGUAUAUUGUUUUUGGAAAAGCUGUAUCAAACACAAAAUCCGACUUGAAUGAUGCUCAAAAGUUAUUAGAUAAAUGCAAACAAGUAGGAAAAGACAGUGUAAAGCUCUUAACAGCUUGGCAGACAGGUAUCAAAAUUGAUGAAUGUUGCAAGGGUCUUAACAAUACAUUGAAUGAUGUAGAAUCUAUGGCUUCUUCCACACAAGCAAAUGAAUCGUUGGGCGAUUUGGUUGAAGAUGAGCUUAGUAUAAUGGAUAGAGCAAUUGAAGAAGCGGCUAAACGCAUUCAAGAAAUGAUCACUGAAUCUAGAGCGGCACAUUCUGGAAUUAAAUUGGAAGUUAAUGAACAAAUUUUGGAUUCAUGUACUUCCCUCAUGGCUUCCAUCAGAGUGUUGGUACACAAAUCACGUAAACUUCAAGCUGAAAUUGUAGCUAAUCAAGGUUCGAAUGGGUCAGCUAAAGAAUUCUAUAAGCGUAACCAUCAGUGGACUGAAGGACUAAUUUCUGCAGCUAAAUCUAUAGGUCUGGGUGCUAAAGGGUUGUUAGAUGCGGCCAAUGAGGCUGUUAGUGGUGAAGGAAAAUUAGAAAGAUUAAUAGUGGCUUCUCAUUGUGUGGCUGCUGGGACAGCACAACUUGUGGUUGCCAGCCGUGUAAAAGCUUCACGAAAUAGCGAUAAUUUGGCUGAAUUAUCACAAGCAUCACGUAAUGUUACAAAUGCUACUGCUACAGUGGUAGCCACUGCCAAAUCGUGCGCCCAAUUAGUUCAACAAACAGAAGAACUAGACUUGGGUGUCUUGAAUGAACAUCAAACCAAACGUUUAGAAAUUGAGUGCCAAGUUCGUGUAUUAGAGUUAGAAUCAUCAUUAGAAAAAGAAAGGAUGAAGUUAUCUUCGUUGCGUAAAUUACAUUACCAAGAAGAUCAAAGUUAGCGAACAAAACAUACAUUUCCUUUAAUAAUAAUUAGUCUUUUGUAUCAAAUUUAAUCUGCUUCGAAAUAAUAUUUUUUUUUUCUAAUAAUUUGACCAAGUUUAUAUUUUUAUACUGCUCAACCUACUACUAUUAGACAAAUUAUGUGUUAAAACUCUUAUUCCAUUUUAAGCUUAUUAAAUUAUUAAUAUUUUUUUUCAUUAUAUUUGCAAACAUGAAAAUGGGUAUUAGUAACCUAAUUAUAUGGCUGUUAAAUAAUAUUGUAUAGUACCAGUUUCAGAGAUCUCCUUACUUGUGUUUCUAAAGUUGUUCUUUAAUAUUAUGAAAUUGCCAGUUAUACAUUCAAUUUAUAGGACUUUGGGUACAAUAACUAGACAAUUAUUUAUUUAUAAUUAUCUAUUCAUAUUCCAUUUUUAUUUUACAUUUUUACUGUUUAUCAAGCAUGCUUAAAAAAAUGUUAUUUCAUUUGUUGACGUUUAUAUUAAAAAAGUUAUGUAGUUUGUAUCUUAAUGCUGUGUUCUAAUGAAGUAUUAAACAACAUAAUCUAAUAUUUAUUGUUAAAUAAUGGAUAUUUUGUUUAAUAUUUAUUAUGGAAUAUAUUGUAGUUGUUGCACAAGCGAUCAAUUAGAUAUAAGUUAUUAUGUUUAUAUACAUUUUUUUUAAAAAUCAUUAACUUAGAAAAUAUAAGUUAAAUUUUUCUAUUAUUACUUUAUUUGUGGCAUAUUUUAUAAUUUUUCUACUUAGCUUACUUAUUGGGCCAUUGAUCUGCGCCAAUUCACAAACUAUUGUUAAUCAUUGUAACCUAACCAAAUAUUUAAUUAUGUUUCCUUUUUAUAUUAUAUAAAUAUUAUUAUUGUACAUCUUAUAUAAUAAAAUAAGAAUUAUUACUA